GUGCGCUCGCGUCCUCCGCUAUGGCCACACUCUCGCGCACGCUUAUAGCGCUGCUCGCGCUCGGCGCGUGCGCCGCACUCAUAGACGACGCGCUGGACGUCAUACGAUUAGGAAAAGAAAUCGGCGAAGAAGUGAUAAACUCAUGGGAUAUAGUCGGGAAGUCCUUUAACGCGUCAGGUGGUGUCGAGUUGCCGAUAAUUAAGAGAAAAGAGAGGGUUAUUUUAUCGAAGUUAGCUCAGGUUUCGCGCGCGAUACAGAGGUUAGAAUUGGGGGUGGAGAAGACGGCUGCUGUCGCUGAGCUGUUAGCUAAGAACGGUGGCAGAGGGGCGCGAUUAGAACUCCGCUUGCACGAGAUGGCGGAUCUUUUAAGUAGGGUAUCAUCAGCUAAUAGACAGAUGAGGGAAUACGUGAGCAUUCAACAGGAGUUGGAGCCGAGUACGCUGCAGGACUUCGCGGAGUGGUGCGUGUCGCACGACCCCGGAGCGCUGCCGGGGUUGCUGGAGCGAGUGCAUUCGCUGGUCGUGCCGCCGCAUACGCAUCUGCUCGGCCGGGGGAUCAUGCAGCUCGUCUUGGAUGAUAUACAGGAACAGAGCCAGGACCUGUGCGAGCUGCAGAUGUCGCCGCACCAGCUCAUCUACGACAUGUACAACACCAUUGCCCUCACGGAGAUCAAGGGCUACGCCAUGAUGCAGUUCUCCUGGAUCCUGCUCAAGAUCUACGGGAAAGGUAACUAUACAGAGGAAGCCAGCCUGACGCGACAACGCUACGCCGAACGGACGGAGAAGACAGCAGCCGCCGCCAAAGCAGCACUCGCUAUGUCCAAACGAGGGGUCUACCGGUGUGACCCUGCCCAGCACAAAGAAGGUGAAACCUUCGCGCAAGUAACUCGCCUACUCCAGGGCUACAUCGAGAACGAAGUGGACAUGAACACUGACGGAACGUGUCGGGACAACUGCGCGUACUAUUCGUUAGCGGAGCGCAAAGGCUGCUUUAAAGAGCUGUACUGCGCGAAGCAGAGGCCGUGCAACGGGAGGAUUCUUAACUGCCAGUAUAUUGACUCGGAUAUGUGGGUCUGUCCUGCGGGUCGGAACAGCAACCGGCGGUACGAGUGGAUCGAGUACGAAAACGGGCGGACCCUCGGCCGAGCCGGCAAGUGCACGCUGGGAACCACCAAGGUGGACUCUUGGUGGCGCUGGAACCUCCAGCACUGCUCGUACUGCAUGUGUCUAUGCGAGGACCCGGCGUCGGAGGCCGAGCGCGUCUUCAGCUUAAGGGAGGCCGUGACGGACUUACAGAAGAACAAGGUAGUAACAGGACUGCGUAUUGUGAAGCUCGGCAGAGUAUUCCACCUUCAAAUCAGCGAGGGCGUGCUGGGUGAACGAGGGGCUGUAACUCCCAGUGGAUGGGUGCCGGUGGUCAAGUUCGACCCCGCGGAUGUAGGCGUGGCUGAGACGGAUUAUCACACGUUGACCUACGAGCAGCGAGCGAUCGAUCUGGACGAACUGGACUCGCCCAAGGGCCACGUGUUGACUGGAGUCAGGUGGCGAAUGAUCGGUGCGCACCUACACUUCGAGAUCCGAUCAACACCUUUCAACUACACCACUGGUCGCCUCGCACCCGAUAGGAGCCAAUGGAUCAGCAAUGACAACACAGAGGGCGCGGAACAACCAAGGAAACGCCUAGAGUUGUACAAACCAGACGUUCCGACGCGCAGCGCGGCGCCCAUGCCAGUGGACUCGACGCACGACCAGUACGUCGAGUUUGUGAACUCGGACUUUGAGGCGGACGCCGCUCAGACGACGGUGCCGUUCCUGGACGUGCAGCCCGUCGAGCCCAUGAAGGGCGCGUCGCUCGCGAGCGGAGCGGGCAUCGUGCACCGCGGGCAGCGCGGCUCGGGCGGGUUCGUGAGCGUGAAGCUGUUCACGUACGACUACAGCCGGCACGUGCGCGCCGACCCGCCGCCCCAGCACGAGCCCGACUUCGUGCCGCUGCCCGUUGUCAAUUAGAUAGGGUAUACCUUGUGAGCUACAGAGGAUGCAUAAGUGUACAACCUACAGUCGGACCGACCUAACUUUGCAUGCCAUUUGCAAUGACAAAGUGUGGAAUGUCAUCAUUAAUUAAAUCUAAUCUAUCUAAUCUCAAAAAAAUGUGUAAUUUCUAUGAAAAUAAUAUGUUUAUGAUUACAACUCCUAACUUUGUUGUAUUCAAAUCGGUGCAAAGUUAGAUUAGACUGACUAUAUGAUGGCUUGAAGUGAGACCGUACGCUUAAGUCCAGUUUAACAUGUUGUCACAAAUAUUUGCGAAUUUUGUAUCCUAUCUAACACAAAACGCCAUUUUGAGCGCGAAAGAAUUGGCGAUGAAUUUAUUUUUUAUUUAAUUUCGAUAUCUAACGUAUGACUGAAUGCACUUAGGCGUCCUCUGCUAUGAAAAUUGAAUUUAGUUGUAAUCUAAGUAAUUAGGACGAGUGCGGCCAGGGGCCCCGGAAGAUACUUGGUCCCUCAGGUACUUAACCUCUAGAUCUAGAGUGAUCAGAUUUAAGACUUUGUACGCUUCGUUUUCAAGGUUUACAUCACUUUUUGUAAGCAUUUUUUUGUCAGAGCACUUGAGGGGUAUAAUGUACAUUUGGAAUGUUACAUAGGGAUGUGUAAAAACGAUAACAAGAUAAAUAAUAUAACCGUAGAUUAAUGAAAAACAACCGCUUAGUAAAAAUCAUGGUCACGGCACCAAAGUGUAACGAAGACGUUUUUUUAUAAGUGUACAUGUAGCAUCAAGUUAUCUUCCGAGAGCUUCUGUGCUGUGGGAACUGUACUCAUGAUUGUAAUGUAAGGUUUUGAUAGUAAUAAAUACUUCUUAAUUAAAGUUUAA